CCAACUAAAAUGUCUCACCGAGCCAACAUCAAGAUUCAGAGGAGAGGCUUCAGUAACUCGUCUGCCAUCCUACCUAACUGGGGUCACACCAACUGGAGCUCUCAAAGUGCAUGCAGAGGUGGCAGCUGUGGCAUCGGCGGUGCUGGUUGGGGACGGGACGGCGGUGCCGGUUUCGGCAGCCGAAGCCUUUAUGGCCUUGGUGGAUUCAGGGGGAUCUCAGUUGGAGGCAGUUAUGGCAGUGGCAUCGGUGGUGGCUAUGGGUAUGGUGGCGGAGCCUAUAAUGGCUAUGCUGUCGGUGGUGGUGUUGGUGGAGGCUAUGGGCUAGUUGGAGCUGGUUUUGGUGGUGGGAGAGGUGGUCCUGGCUUUCCUGUUUGCCCACCUGCUGGAAUCAAAAAAGUAACUAUCAAUCCCCACCUGCUGGCACCUCUCAACCUGGAGAUUGACCCCACCAUAGAGAAAGUCCGUAAAGACGAGGGAGAGCAGAUCAAGCAACUCAACAACAAGUUUGCCUCCUUCAUUGAUAAGGUGCGUUUCCUUGAGCAACAGAAUAAAGUGCUGGAAACUAAAUGGGCUCUGCUCCAGGAACAGGGACAGAAAACUGUGAAGAGUAACAUUGAGCCACUUUUUGAUGCUCACAUUAACAGUCUUAGGAAACAGCUGAAUGACCUGGAGAAUGAGAAAGCAAGGCUGGAUGGAGAACUAAAUAACACCCAAAACCUUGUGGAGGACUACAAGAGCAAGUAUGAAGAUGAGAUCAAUAAGCGUACCGGAGCAGAGAAUGACUUUGUAAUCCUCAAGAAGGAAGUGGAUGCUGCUUACAUUACCAAUGCAGACCGGGAAAGUGCAGUACAACUUUUGAUUGAUGAGAUCAAUUUCCUCAAAGUCCUAUAUGAUAUGGAACUCACAGAGCUACAGACACAAAUCUCUGAUACUUCUGUGAUUUUGUCCAUGGACAACAAUCGCAACCUGGACCUCGACAGCAUCAUUGCGGAAGUCAAAGGCCAGUAUGAAGAGACUGCAAAGAGAAGCAGGGCUGAGGUUGAAGCAUGGUACCAAAGCAAGUAUGAAGAACUCCAGGAUGCUGCUGGAAGACACAGUGAUGAACUUCGCAACACCAAGCAUGAGAUUUCAGAACUUAACCGACAACUCCAGAGACUGAAGGCUGAAAUUGAAGGUGUGAAAAAGCAGUGUGCCAAACUACAGGCAGCUGUUGCUGAAGCAGAAGACCGCGGUGAACUGGCACUCAAAGACGCAAGGCAGAAACUGGGUGAACUUGAGGAUGCCCUUCAGAAAGCCAAGAUAGAUAUGGCCAGGCAACUCAAGGAGUACCAGGAACUGCUGAAUCUGAAGAUCAAGCUGGAUAUUGAGAUUGUCACCUACAGAAAGCUUCUGGAAGGAGAAGAGCAUCGGUUGGCUAAUGAUGCAGCAGAUGCAGUGAACAUCUCUGUUAUCUCUUCAAACAUUUCACGAGGAUCUGCUGCUGGCAGCGGACUUGGCUACGGAAGUGGCCUUAGCCUGGGUGGAAGUAGCUGUUUUGCAGUGGGAGGCGGCGGCGGCAGCACCGGAAGUGUGGACCUUGGAGAUGACAGCUGCUCUAGCGUGAAGAUGGUCUCCUCUCCUCAGACAAGUUCCAUAAGUUAA